GCUCUGUCUACCAGCAGACAUAUCGGGCAAUGUCUACAGCAGACAGGAGAUCAAGGGAGUGAGGUUACUGCUGCACCUUCAUAACUACUUUCUUGGCUAUGACCAAAACAAGGCAGGCAACCAAGAGACUGUUUACAGAUCCUGGAUGAAGAAUCAAAAAUGUCUGUCUGAGUCUGGAAAAGAGCUGGGUUACAUGUGCACCAGUCCUUUACCAGCAGGUGCACAUAUUAACCAUGCUAAAGACAUGCAGACACACAAGUUUCAGGUUUGUGUGGUGGCUGAGCGCUGUGCUCCUUACUCUGGUUCAUGGAAGCAACUUGAGUCAACAGUUCCAGGAGAGGCUACCCUGCCAGCCAGGUUUUUACUGCCCUUUGGAAAGCUUCACCCCAUUCCCCUGUCCCAAGGGAACCUAUGGGCCAACUGCUGGUGCCAUUUCCAUAGACAGCUGUCUGAUGUGUCCUCCUCACCACUACUGUCCAAGACCAGGUCUGGUUGCCUCCUUGCCCUGUGGCCCUGUGGCUCAGCAGCCUCUGUCUGGUCAGGACACAUGCAUCUGCCUGGGAGAGGGACAGACUUUCCAGACCAGUGAUGGGUUGUGCCUCUGCACCAUUGACUACCAACCCACCAACAACGGAGAUGCGUGUGUUCACAAAGUGUAUGCUGUUUGUAGAGAUGGAAAAACACGUACCCAGUAUGGAGACUGUCUGGACAGAUAUCAGUGGUCACUUCACUGCAGGCAGCAGGUGUGUCAAUCUGCGGAGGAUUUCCAGGGUUACGAUGGAGAGUUGGGUCUGUGUGUUUGCAGAGAGCCUCCUGGAAGAGCUGCGUGUGGAGGCCUUUGCAGGAAAAGGACAGCUGCUGAGCUAAAGCUCCACUGCUUGUCCAACAAAGAAAUGGAGCUGGUGUGGCGUGAUGGCAGUCAGGUAUGCAAAGGCAUGUGCAGAAUUACAUAA